AUGAGGGUUGUGUCGUGGAAUGUGCGGGGAUUAGGUGGGUUGGAGAAGAGAAAGGAGGUCAAGGAGCUGGUAAAGGAAAAGGCGCCUUUCGUGUUGUGUAUUCAAGAAACAAAGUUGCAAUUAAUAGAUGAUUUUGUAUGUACGUCGAUAUGGGGACCCAUGUGUCAUGAUUAUUCUUUUAGUCCGUCGGUGGGGGCGUCAGGAGGUCUGGUUACGAUUUGGGAUACUGCAGAGGUCGAGGUGUGGACGUCUUGUCGAGGGGACAACUUUUUGUUGAUUCAUGGCAGGUUUAUUAAGUCUAAUGAAGAGUUUUACCUAUUCAAUGUGUAUGCCCCGUGUGAUAGAUUUGCUAAACAGGCUUUGUGGACCUCGCUGUCUUCGAGGUUGCUUUCUUUGGGCAGUCUUAAUGUGUGUUUGUGUGGUGACUUUAACUCAGUCCGAAGCGCGGAUGAAAGGCGCUCGGUUAGGGGUACUCAGACGCUAGACGAUUUUUCUCAUUUCAAUGAGUUUAUAGAUGAAUGUGUGUUGAUUGAUUUACCUUUAUGUGGCCGAAAGUUUACCUGGUUUAAGGGGGAUGGUCGAUCUAUGAGUAGGUUGGACAGGUUUUUGUUAUCCGAAGCGUGGUGCUUGUUGUGGCCAAAUUGUAUUCAGGUUGGUCACUUAAGGGGUCUUUCAGAUCAUUGUCCUAUUGUGUUGUCGGUAGAUGAGGAAAACUGGGGGCCGAGACGUUGCGAUUAUUGA